GUAGUGGCAGGAGUUUGAAGCUCUAGUUUCAGCCUUAGAAGAGAGGAAUAAUCAGCUGUAUCAAUGGGAACCAGGGUGAAUGAGCGUGCUUCUUCUGGCACUGAGCGGAGUCUGGAGCUGAGGAUCGUGUUGGUAGGAGGGGAAGAAUUAACCGGUCAGUCCAGCACUAUAAGUGAGACUGGGAACAUCAUACUGGGCCAACGCAUUUUUGAGACCGACAGGAGAACGGCUCAGAGUGUUGUGAGGCAGCAGGAAGUCCACAGCAGACGAGUCACCGUGGUUAACACCCCUCACUGGUUUUGGCACUAUCCACGAGAAAACACGCCAUACCUGGAUCAGAUGGAAAUCCAGAACAGCGUCCACCUGUGUCCCCCGGGGCCCCACGCCUUUCUCCUCAUCAUUCCCAUCGGUGUCCCAUUCAUUCCAGUCAUGAAGCUUUCACUCAUGGAGCACCUGCAGCUUUUCCAUAAGGAGUUCUUUAAGCACACCAUCAUGGUGUUUACCGUGGAAAAAUCCAGAACUAACAGAUUUGUCGAGGACGAAAUCAGCUUCUGGCCUGAUCUUCUGUGGGUUCUUCAACAGUGUGGAAACAGGAAGCACGCCCUCAAUAUUAGAGACCAACAGGAUGGCACUCAAGUCCAGACGCUCUUGGAGAAAAUAGAAGCAAUGGUGGUAGAAAAUGCUGGAAGAGUCUACUCUGUUGAUGCAGCUGAAGGGAGAGCUCUCACAGAGAAGAUGGAGACGAUCGCUGAAAGAGCCUCGAAGAGGUUUUUUGAAGUUCAGAGGAGGAGACGAGAACUCCGAGCUCUGAUCCAAGGUGGCACAAUCCCUCCAAGACAUUUAAGACUGGUGCUGGUUGGAGCUCAGUGGUCGGCCAAGAGCUCAGCAGGCAACAUCAUCCUGAAAAAACAAGUUUUCUCUGCAGGUCAUAGAAAGAAAACAGACACAUGUGAAAUCAGCCACAGCAUGGUGGCUAACAGGCAGCUCACGGUGGUCGAUUCUCCCGGCUGGAUGUACAACCACACCCUCCAAGACACCAAUGAGAUGGACAGACAGGAAAUAGCGGGCAGUGUGCAUCUGUGCCCUCCAGGACCCCACGCAGUCCUCCUCGUGGUCGGCCUCUCUUCUGCAUUCAAUGCCUCGUACCAGAGGGCGCUCCAGGAGCACAUGAGCCUGUUCACAGAGGACGUCUGGAAGCACACGAUGGUUCUGUUCACCAGAGGAGACUGGCUGGGGUCCAAGACGGUGGAGGAGCGAAUAGAGAGCGAAGAAGGCCUGCAGUGGCUGGUGGAGAAGUGUGGGAACAUGUACCACGUCCUGGAUAACACCAACCAGCUCCAUGAGACACAGGUGACGGAGCUUUUAGAGAAGAUAGAGGAGAUGUGGGCAGGAAAGGAAGAGCCUCAUUAUGAAGGAGACCUGAGCAGUGAAGAGCAGAUGGAGGCGAGGAGAGAGGCCCAACUAAAGACGGCAAAAAGGAUUCAAAAGACGACCCAAAUACAAUCAAGGAUCCUGAAAGAGUUGUUCAGAGGAGAGUGGAGGCGCAUCACUGAAGUGAAGCUUGUACUGAUCGGCAGGAAAGGUUCAGGGAAGAGUAUGGCUGCUAACAGGAUGCUUUCUACUGAUCAGUUUGGUCCGUUUUUGAUGAAGAAGGAAUUCCAAAAUCAGACGAGAACUAUGGUGUCUGUGAAACACCAGAAAAGUAUGGAGGAAUUCAGCAUCUCUGCCGUUGAGACACCGGGCUGGCUGGCUGAUGAGGAAACACCAGACUGGCUCAAAAAAGAAGUCCUUCGUAGUGUCUCCAUGUGUGCUCCAGGCCCACAUGCUUUUCUCCUGGUCGUUCCUGUUUCCAAAGCCUUCACAGAAGCAGACGCCAAGGCAGUGGUGGAGCUCUUGGAGCCACUCGGUGAGAGGGUCUGGAGACAUUGCCUGGUGCUGUUCACAUGGGCCGACUGGCUCAGCGGCAGAAACAUCGAGGACUACAUCGGCGCAGAGGGCGAGAAGCUCCAGCGGCUGGUGGAGAAAUGUGGGAACAGAUACCAAGUUUUCAGCAGCACUCGUGGUUUUAACAACGUCGAUCUGCUCAGGAAAAUAAACAUUAUGUUUACAAGAAAUAAUGGCUGCUGCUUCACGCCUGAAAAUAACCAGCCGAAAAAGCAGAAACUGUCGCUUUUCAGGCGAGCGAAGCAGCAGGAGCUGACAGAGGAGGAGUGGAACCGGAGGGAGCAGGAGCUGGUAGACCGGAUGUUGGAAGCUGUAACACGAGAAGUCCAAGAACCAACAAAUCCACCUGUGAAGGUCGCCAACAGCAUCGACUUGGCUUUCAUCCCGAGCAUGGGUGGAGACGCUCCCUCAGAGGUGUCCAGCACUCUCUGGGCUCACAGAAACCGAGCCAGAGUGGAUGAAUGGCUGCGAUUUCGAGCUGCAAACUCUGAAGUCACCUCUGGCAUUGGCAGCAUGAGCGCCUCAGCCAGUCAUGUGGAGAGUUUGGAUGUAAACCCGCUGGCAGAUCACCAUCAGAUGGAGGAUUUUUUCCCAGAAGAAGACCAAAUGGUGUCGGAUAGUGGUCUUCAUGGCAUCAUCCCCACAGACUCUAUUCUACUAAACUAUCGGAGGCACUCUUUCUAAUAUAUUAUACUACUUUAUUAUUAGCCUAUGCCUUCAUCAAUGCUCUGAUUUUACUGUGAUCUUGUGAACAGAAACUGGUGUAACUUAUUAGACCAGUUCAUAGGUUGUCAUUGUAAUUUGUAAAGAUGAAGCAAGGAAAAGAGGCUGUCCUAUGGGUGGGGGUCAGGGGCGUUGUGACACAUCUAAAUAGCAUCAAUAAUGUACUAUGUUUUGCACAGGUAGGGAAGCACACAAAAUUUGGAGAGAACCUUCAGGUAAAUUUAGUCCUGACAAUGAGUCAUCAGCAUCACAUCUAUGAAAACAAAGAAGAGUACGAGGUUAGGUGAGAGCCAGGAGCGAGAGGAGAGAUUCAGACCUGUUGAUCUCAGAUGACACCGAAGCGUUUGAAUGUUGCAGAAGCCUUGGAACAAAUACUGAGAAGCAGUGAUGAAGAUGACACAGGGGUUACACCGGGGCGUAGCUAGGGAUAUUUGGCUCCACAGUGCACCCUUUACCUGGCUGGCCAAGCAACAGUAGUAAAGAUAACCCUAUAUGGAUCGGUUAACCGAUCUUGACGUCAGCGGUCUGAGUGCAUCGGUCCGCGGAGCCCUGGAUUGGUAAAAAUGCGGCGAACCGGUCUUUGGACCGGUUUUAACAAGAUCGGUUCAUUGAUAACUGCUUGUUCUCAUAGCCCGUUUCGCCAUGUUUUGGCUCAGCGUCUGUAAUCUUGCGCGACCCGCGGUGACCUUUUACCUUUAAACGAGAGUUCCAUUUGCCGUAGGUUCUCGCUAGGUAGCUGGAUGUGUUUCACCUAAACGUCUUUCAGUUACAGUUCUGCACCUCAGGAAAAAGUCGUGGACUUUAUGUGAAGGAAGGAUAACUGUCAAAAUGUCUGCCCGUCUGUGCGCUUUGGAGAAAAGUGAUUUAGACCUACGGCAGCUCAUAAAUCUCACCUGUUGAGACAGCGGAGCAAAAGUUUAGCUAAGAUGCUAACGCUAAACGCAGCACAAACAGACCCGAACAUAAACACUUUUCUGAUUCAAAACUCCUCAGUUAUCACCUUAACAGCCC